ACCUAUUACAUGCUUGCUCCAAACAAAAAAACAGAUGAGGUGAGGAGUGUAUGUUUCCAAAAUUACCAGCUGGAUAUAUACAAACUUAAAAUACUUGUACAGUAUUUUUUUUUUCCAAAAUAAAAACGGUUGCGCAUAAUCCGGUCGGUUGCCAACUGUUUAUAGUGGAUCCUUUAGCGGUUCACGUUUUCAGUACCGCCUUGGCACACAUUAUAUACCAAGCACUACUGAGAAACCAAUUCCACUCAUCACCAAACCCCAUGGAACAGCAGCAAACUAAGAGCAGUGAAAAUUUCAACAUUACCUGGUCCGAUCUUCCGAAAGAGCUCGCCGAGAGGAUCGGCGAGUGCCUCGAUACUCACAUUGACGUCCUUCGCUUUCGAUCAGUUUGUGCACCAUGGCGGUCUUCAAUUCCGCCUUUCAAAACCACGCCCUUUGAAAUUCCCUUUCCCUUAGACCUGCCUGACCCUUCUAAAGGGAAGCCUGGUUAUCAUCUCGUGGAGAGUGUUGUUUAUAUGCUUCAGCCAGUUGAUGUCGCUUCGAUUGAUUCUCCUUGUAAAGGAUGGUUGGUGAAGUUUAUAGAAACAGCUGAUGGAAAAGUGAGGGUUUUGAAUCCACUGACUGGUAGGCUUAUCAGGGAUUUACCUGAUCAUAUGCCUAAGGUGUUGAAUUUACUAGAUUUUCGCGUUUCUCAGGUUUGCAAAUCUUAUCAUGUCCAGUACUAUAAUCCUUCAAGGACCUUGUUAGGUGAUUAUGAUGUAGGCUAUGUUAGGAAGAUUUUGCUUCUUAACAACCGUAAUGCAGGGAGUGAGGGGAAUAGUUUUUCGUUAAUGGCGAUUGAUCGUUAUGGUUUGUUACGUUAUUUGAAGUCCGGGGAUGAGAAGUGGACUAGGCUGAAAAAUGCUAGUUCCUACAUUGAUGAUAUCGUUGUUUAUGAGGGGAAUUUUUAUGCUGUUGAUCGAUAUGGUGAGACUGUGAAAUUUGAUUCCUCGUUUAAUGAGAUGAUGGUAGCUUCCAGAUUAUCCGGUGGUGAUAGGAGGAAGACACGACUGGUGGAAUCAGGAGGGCAGUUGUUUUUGGUUGAUAGUAGUUCAGAUUACUGUAAGAGUACCGAACUUGAAAUGAAAAUGUACCGAUUGGAUGAAGGAAAAAAUGAGUGGAUUGAAGUGAAUACUUUGGGUGAUCGAAUUUUCUUUGCUGUUAACGACUGUUGCUUCUCUGUUUCGUCACGUGAUUUUGGUGAUCAGUACUGCAGAGGGAACUGCAUUUACUAUGUAAAUGGAGCCGUGUAUUAUGACGAUGAAGACAGUGAUGAUGACAUGAGUUGUGGUUGUUGUUGCGGUUUUAGUGAUAAUGAAAGUGUUGCGGUUUAUUUCGAAGGUUAUGAGGAGUUUAACUACACUAGUAGCAAAAUUAGUAAUGACUCUGGUAGCAAAUCAGUUGGUGUUAGAGAGGAAAAAGUGGUAAAUAUAUAUGAAGGAGUACUUGAUAAUAACACCGGUGUGUGUACCAUAAAAGAUGGUAAACUUGGAUCGCUGUUAUCAUCCCUUGAUUAUGCAGAAAUUUUAUGGCCACCGCCAUCUUGGCUUAAUGGUGUGGAUCAGCUUCCUUCACCUGCUCAUGAAAUUGCAGGGACAAACAAGGAUGAGGUAGCAAGCUAGAUCAAGUCAUGAGGAAGAGAUGCAGGAAUCCAUUUGCUCUCUGCUCUUUCUAAUUUGUAGUUUUACCUUUAAUUUGCUUUAGUUAUAGCUCUAAUGAACGGAGAUUUUAGGAACUUUGUAUCUAAGACUCAGUGUCGCCUUUCUAUUAUUAACGUUUACUUUUAAUCUAAGACUCUAUGGUAUGUCCUAUUAAUAUAGUUCCUUAGCGUUAAGUUGA